GAUGAGUUGACUUCUGCAAAGGGAGUCUCUGACAUCCUCUUCAACCUGGUUGAGAAAAUGUGGGCUCUCCUCUGCGCUUGUCGCAAUGGCAACGACGAGAAACUGUCACAGAGCACUCUCGCGGUGCUUUUAGACGCUGCAAUUGGGCAUUUGGACGUUCAAAGCCUGCGGGAGGCAUAUGAAAAACUACGCCGCGAAAAUCAGCAGCUACGUAGCCUACUGGCGGCAGCCCCGGGCUAA